UCAUGGGGUACUACAACAUAUCCAACGGGAUCGGUGAUUGGCAGGUGGUGAAGCUCCCCUCCUCAGUAAAUACAUUCUCUGGACCCGAACACCACGACGUUGACGAUAGUGUAAGUGGUUUUGAAGAAAAUUUCAAAAAGUGGUGUAUCGUGAACAAAAUUUCACUUUCAGCAGUAUCUGAACUGUUAAAAAUAUUAAAAGUUCAUACAUGUUUUUCAUCGCUACCAAACGACGCCAGAACAUUACUUAAAACUCCUCGAAAGGCCAAAAUUUUCAAUGUGGAUCCUGGACAAUAUUGCCAUUUCGGAAUAAAAGACCAGCUUUCUCAACUAAUUGAAUCUCAUCGAGUCUCAAUUGGUAACAAAAUAACAUUGCAGUUUAAUAUUGACGGAAUUCCGAUUUCAAAAAGUAGUGGAAAACAGUUUUGGCCAAUAUUAAGCUAUGCAGUAGAACUAGACAAGAUUUUCGAAGUUGGAAUUUAUUGUGGUAAUGAAAAGCCGAAAGACUCGUUAGAUUUUCUUAAUUACUUUGUCCAAGAAUUGAGUGAAUUGUGUGAUAACGGUUUGCAAAUUAAGAAUAAUAAUUUUGACAUUGUUAUUGACAGUUUUAUUUGUGAUGCACCAGCAAGAGCGUUUAUUUUAAAUAUUAAAGGUCAUACUGGCUAUUUUGGCUGCAGCAAAUGCACACAGGAAGGUAAAUAUAUAAAAAAUAGAGUGACGUUUCCUAAAAUUGACUGUCCAAAAAGAACAAAUGACGGCUUCCGUUUGAAAGUCGACGAAGAUCAUCAUCAUGGAUUAAGCGGACUUGAAAAAUUAAAUAUAGAUCUUGUGAAACAGGUUCCCUACGAGUUUAUGCAUUUAUUUUGCCUGGGAGUUACUCGGAAGUUUUUACUUUUGUGGACUUCGGGAAGUGUUAAAAAAUUUCGUCUUUCUUGUUAUGAAAAGUUACAAUUCACAAGAGCCCUAAUAACUUUAAAGCCAUUUAUACCGUUAGAAUUUGCAAGAAAACCUAGACCUGUGGCUGAAUUUAAGCGGUGGAAGGCUGCUGAAUUGCGUCAGUUCCUGCUGUAUACAGGGCCAUUAGUUCUUAAAAAACUACUCCCUCUAAGAUAUUAUAAUCAUUUUAUUUGUCUACAUUUAGCAAUCACUAUUCUGUGCAGUGAAAAAUUUCAUAAAAAGUAUAAUACCUACGCUUCAUUACUUUUACAAUCGUUUGUCAAAGAAUUUCUAAAACUUUACGGAGAUGAACAAGUGUCUCACAACAUUCAUGGCCUAAUACAUUUGGCUGAAGAUUCUACUCACUUCGGUACACUUGAUAAAUUUAGUGCAUUUAAGUUUGAAAACCACUUGGGUUUUUUAUCGUCAUUGCUAAGAGGAAAAAACCGACCUUUAGAGCAAGUCUAUAACAGAAUUAGUGAAAGAAAUGCAGGAUUAAUAAAAGAUUUAAAAAGUGAAUUUGUUAAACCCAUGCUGAGUAAAUCCAAAAAAACAAUUCAGUUUCAGCAUUUCAAGUUAAGCUGUAAUGAAGGAAAUAGUACAUGUGAGCUUCAAAUGGGAGCAAUAAUUAAAAUUCAAGGAUUUACGGAAAUUAAUGGCAGCAUAAUUUGCAAAGGCAGAGUGUAUCAAACAACAAAAGUCCCACUCUAUGACAUUCCAGAAGAUUCGAGUCGAGUGGGAAUACGAGUUGCAUCCCUUUCUCAGGAGCACAUUUCUGUGCCUGUUGAAUUAAUUUCUUCCAAACACCUGGCUCUCCCAUAUAAAAAAUCUGAAGUUAUUUUUCCCUUACUUCAUCUAUAAAUGGAGAGGGUAUAUCAGAAGGACCUAAAAGGUCAUCCUUUUGUUGUUGUCGAAUUUCGUCACAAUAAUUCGUUGGGAAUAGUGCGAAAUGACUGGACAUGUAUAAAAAACAAAGAAAUCUUCGCUUAUUGGCCACCGUAUUGGAGCGACGGAAAAAAACUAGAAAAAGCUAUUUGCAAAAAAGAAACAGCGAAUCCAAAAUCCUGGACACUUUAUGCGGUUACUGUAAUUGGAGAUUAUAAGACUUAUGAAGAGGCUCGGAAAAAAAUGGUACGAGUUGAAAAAAGUGAAGAGUCCAGCAGUGCGCCAGAAGGCAAUGAUGAUCAUUUUUUGAGAAGAAGGUGUCGCAAGAGGUCGAGACUCUCCGAAUGCGAGGUACGCCAAUCGACUGAGGGAAAGAAUUCAAGAAUUCGGAAGGACACUGAAGAUUCCGAGGAGGACGUCUCUCAAAUUGUGCUGCCAACAACUUAUCCUAGAUUGGAUGAGAAUUCUACUAUGGGAGACGUAAUGGGGAACAAUGUGACAAACACUCGACAUUUUGUCCUUGUCAGUCCCAACUUGGAAGAGGCCCCUGAAAGUCUCGCAUUCUCAAGACUAGAGGAAAAUGUCGCGUCGGCGCACAGUUCAGGGUCGCAAAUCUAUGUUCGCACCCCAAACCGAUUUACGUUACCUUCAGCUGAGAAUAUAAUGGAAAACGUAUUACCCACUGGGUCUGCUCAACAUAUUCCAAGCGCAGGAUUUAACAAUCAAAUCAUCCGGAAAUUGCAUUUUUUGACCGCGACGGUGAAUCAAAUCGCUGAAUCUGUUCACCUGCUGAUCAAUAGAGGUUUGACCCAGAAUGCAGUUGUGAAUUUUGAGAAGUUGUUCAUCUUACCGAUCGAGACUGCUGAUGGAAUUCAAUCGUUGGAGAAGGAAUUGAAAAGUGCGGAAAAAACUCGUAAAGAAAACUCUAGAAUCAUCAAAGUAAAUGAAAAGAAGGAUGCGUUAGUCCAGCAGGUCACUUUAGGGGGAGGAACUAAACCAUCAGAUGCAACUUAUCGCGCCUUAGCUGAAUUAAUGACAGAUGACGUCGCUGCCAAAUUUAGCUAUGAAGGAAGGAAGGGGAAGGUGGCAUUCCGUGAUUAUCCUAUAAUUAAUUCAGCUCUUUUUCUCGCAAUAAGGAGAAAUUGUGCAGAUGCAAGAGGAUCGACGAUCGAAGAAGGAAUCAAGUAUUGGCUGAAGAAAGGACCAGAAAGACUAAAGAGAAAUCAAAAGAAGCUACCCCAUCCUGAAGAAAGCGACGAAUCGGAGGAUGCUGCUGAUCUCAUCGAUCCAUAAAUUAUAUUUAUGAAUAUUACAUAUAUAAUUGAGAUAAAUUGAUAAUAAAUCUGAAUGCAAAUUAUAUGUAUAUGUGUGUAAUUAUUGACCCCUGAAGGUCCUUAGAAUGUCCCCAACAUCCGUACAAGCAAUGUUCUAGGUACGUAUAAAGAAUUAAAAUUUACGUCCUCAAGUACGUCGUAGGUCCCUAGCAGGCACGUUCAAAUGGCGACAAAUGCACUAUACUGGUACGUACCAGAAAGGUGCUUGGUAUCUAAAACGUAACGUACCACCGUCCCACGGGGACAUUCCAGGAACGUACUGGGGACUGCUUUUGGUUAUUUGGGAUGUGAGUAGGAUUAAGGAUGGAUAAAAAUAAUUUAUCACUACAUGAUAGAAAUAUGGAUAAACUUCCUUAUUUUUUAACUCCUUUAUAGGGUGACGAGGAAUAUGCUAAGAAAAGAAUCAGAAUCAAAAAGGGUUUCAAACUAGAUCGUCUUCCCAUCACUGUGAAAAAGCCAGGGUUGACGGAUCAGGAUGUCCAGGAGAUGACAAAGAUUGAGGAGUCGAUCGUAAAGAGAGGAGUAGACUCGACAUCAAAAAUGAGCUAGAGGAAUAUCUCUACAAAUUGCAGGACCGAACAAGGGACAAUUCUCGAGUUGAUAUUCCUGACUUAGAAACAUUACAAAAUUGGCUAUAUGAGGAUGGCUGCGACGAGCAGGAGGAAGCUUAUCAUUUCCGGCUGAAAGUAUUAAAGGAUUUAUCUAACCUCAUACUCCAACCCGACCCGUGCCAAUCAGCCCUAAUCCAAUUCGACCUUUCAAUUCAAGAAG